AUGAGUGAAAAUAUCAAUGAGGCAAAGGAACUCAGCAGCCCCAACCCAUUUCAGCUUAACUCAGCCUCACGGAAUCAGAUCACAGACUCUCUCCACUCUGGGCUUGCUACAGCGCUGAUCAUUGAAUCCUCUUCAAUUCCAGCUGGAAUUCUGUGUCAGGCACUUCGCAGAUUUGGUCAAAAGCUGGUACGCAGACGUACAUUGAAGCAAGAUGUGACCCAGAUCAGAUAUUUGAACACACUGGAUUUAGUGACCCUGGGUGUGGACCGCACAGUGGGUAUAGGUGUAUAUGUCCUGGCUGGGGAGGUGAUCAGUAAUCAAGCAGGACCUUCGAUUGUGAUCUGCUUUUUGGUGGCUGGCCUAGCCUCGUUGUUGGCUGGGCUGUGCUAUGCAGAGUUGAGUAUCCGGAUUCCUCAUGCUGACUCUGCAUAUGUCUACACCUAUGUCACUGUAGGUGAACUUGGUGCUUUUGUCACUGGCUGGAACCUCCUCCUCUUCCUUGUUGCUGAUGGAGUUGUGUUGGGUUGGGUGUGGAUGUUAAUUUUUGACAACCUGCGUGGGGACCAGAUAUCUGAGACCCUGACUGAGAACAUUUCAUCAUAUAUUUCCCGUGUCUUUGAAAAAUAUCUAGGCUUCUUUGUUAUGGGUUUUGUGUUCUUCCUCAUUGAAUUCCGGAAUCUAGGGGUUUUUGAGUUUUCCCAGAUUUCCAAAUGGUUCACAUUGGUUAAAGUUUUCUUUCUCAGUUUUGUCAUCAUCUCUGGCAUCAUUAAGGGAGAUCUGCGCAACUGGAAACUCACAGAAGAGGACUACAUGAAGGCUGGGCUCAAUGACACCUCUAGUUUGAGCCCUCUGGGCUCUGGAGGAUUCAUGCCUUUUGGCUUCCAGGGGAUUUUCCGUGGCGCAGCUACCUGCUUCUAUGCUUUUGUUGGUUUUGACAGCAUUGUGAGCAGAGGUAAAGUAGCCCAGAAUCCCCAGCAUUCUAUCCCUAUGGGCAUUGUGAUUUCACUGUUCAUCAGCUCUUUGUUGUAUUUUGGUAUCUCUGCAGCACUUACACUUAUGGUGCCUUACUACCAGCUUCGACCUGGUAGCCCCUUGCCUGAGGUAUUUCUCCAUAUUGGCUGGGUCCCUGCCUUCUAUGUUAUAACUUUCGGAUUUUUCUGUAUUCUUUCUGCACGCCUCUUAAACUUUACAGUCCCCAUAUAUAGUCAUAUAAAGAUGAUGGCAGACGAUGGCCUCCUAUUCUAUGCCCUUGCCAGGACCUAUGUUGGCAUAUUCACCCAGGUUGUGGUCAUCGUGAUCAUUUGUGUUAUUGCAGCAGUCGUGACAUUCUUCUUUGGACUCACUUAUCUUGUGGACAUCGAUGUAGUUGGGUCCCUGAUAUCUCACUCUCUUGUUGCUAUUUGUGUACUCAUCCUCAGGUAUCAGCCUGAGAGGAAGAAUGAGGAAAACGAAGCACAGGUACUGGAGGAGAAUGGACCUAUGGCAGAGAAGCUGACUCUAUCUAGUCUAUUUUUUCCAAACAGCUCCACCCCCACUCCACUCUCUGGCCAGGUUGUCUCUGUUUGCUCCUCCCUGCUUGUUCUGCUGCUGACUCUGCUUUGCCUGGUGCUGACUCAGUGGCCAGGUCUGCUUUCUGGAGACCUAGUGUGGAUCAUAGUGGUUGUGCUCCUCCUGGUACUCAUCGCUGGGAUCACUGGGGUCAUCUGGAGACAGCCACAGAGCUCCACUGCCCUUCACUUUAAGGUACCUCUUCUGCCUCUCUUCCCACUCUUGAGCAUCUUUCUGAAUAUUUACCUAAUGAUGCAGCUGACAGCUGGCACCUAGGCCUUAUUUGGUGCCUGGAUGCUGAUUGGGUUUGCUAUCUACUUUGGCUAUGGGAUCCAGCACAGCCUGGUCACUUAACCCCACUGAAGUUAGGGCAUGAACUUUAGACUUGAACUCAGCAUUGCCAAUACAUAUUUGGUUUGAUAUCAUCACACUUGAAUGCAGUAUCAUCCUCCUGCACAAAAAAUGGAGAGUCCUCUUGAGCACAUGGAAAGUUCGGCCUCCCAUGGGAUUUGGUGAGGGAGGACACUAAUACAGCUCCGUAUUGUGGAGUAAAGGAUGUGUCUUUUGCUUUCUCCUCUUUUUUUUUAAUAACUUUUCUACUUUUCAGUUGUGUCUGUAGCUGCUUAUUAGCUUUAAAACAAUAAUUAUUAAAGGAAACUAGAAAAUG